UGCGCCGGGUCUCCAGGGCGCUCGGCGGCGGGGAUAAUGAGCCGCAUCUACCAGGACAGCGUCCUCCGGAACAAGGCGGUGCAGAGCGCGCGGCUGCCCAGGGCCUGGGACCCCGCUGCCCACCAGGGGGGAAAUGGUGUCCUGCUGGAGGGAGAACUGGUCGAUGUAUCUCGGCACAGCAUCUUGGAUGCCAAUGGCAGGAAGGAGCGCUACUAUGUGCUGUAUGUCCAGCCUAGUUGCAUCCAUCGCCGGAAGUUCGACCCCAAAGGAAAUGAAAUCGAACCCAACUUCAGCGCCACCAGGAAGGUGAACACAGGCUUCCUCAUGUCAUCCUACAAGGUGGAAGCCAAGGGGGACACCGAUAGACUCACGCCCGAGGCGCUGAAGGGGCUGGUGAAUAAGCCAGAGCUGCUUGCGCUGACAGAGAGCCUCACCCCCGACCAGACAGUGGCGUUCUGGAUGCCCGAGUCAGAGAUGGAGGCGAUGGAGCUCGAGCUGGGGGCUGGGGUGCGGCUGAAAACUCGGGGCGAUGGCCCCUUCCUGGAUUCAUUAGCCAAACUUGAGGCUGGAACAGUGACCAAGUGUAAUUUCACUGGCGAUGGAAAGACAGGGGCGUCCUGGACAGACAACAUCAUGGCCCAAAAGUCUUCAGAAGGGGCUGUGGUGGAGACCCGAGAGCAGGGGGACGGCGCAGAAGACGAGGAGUGGGAUGACUGAGGAGAUAGAGUGCCUCCGGGGCCCACCAGCACUGUUGAGCAUUUCUUCCAUCAACUUUUACUCCGGAGCUCGAAGGAGAAGUCCACCAAGCCUUACCUGGUUCUUCCCCAAGGCCGCCAUGGAGUACCCUUUGAACCAGCUCUACUAAAAUCAAAUCCAAGACCCCAACGUUAGCAGUGGGACCCGAUGCUGUGGCUCAUGGAGGGUCCUUCCUGGGAUGUGAGUCUAGUCUUCCCAGACAUUUUCAUGAUGGCCCUCGCCCUGAGUGGUAGCCUUGUUUCUGGAAGCAGCAGGGCAGUCAGAGGGCCUGGGCUUGGUCUUGGUGCAGAAUUGGGGGAAAUCCCUCAUCUGCAAGCAGAGUAGCUCAGAGGAGAAGUUAGCAGGGCCUCCUUCCUCUGCCCUUGGUGUAUUUCCUGCUUUCCUUCCACACCUGCUCCCCCUGCCCCACCCGGCAGCACUCUGUGUUGUAGUCUCUGCUCUCUUGCUCAGAUCUCCAUGUCCCCUCUGCCCUUUUCAGCCCACAGAGCUGCCAGUUCUUUAUUACUCCUCUGAUUCUCUACCACCUUGGGGGGUCCUGUCUCCUGACCUCCUUUGGCUGCUUUCCUGGGGAUGCUCUUCUCAAGGAGGCUGAGGGCAUUCACAGGUGUGGCUGGCUGGUCCCCAUCUCUGACUCACUCUGCCAGAACACCGUUUUUUCUUGUUCUUUUGUACCUUGAGAACUUUUUAUGAAUGAGUGAAUCUUCAGGAGAGGAUUCUUCUACACUGACGGGGUUAUUAUCAAAUGUAAACAGCUUUCCAGCUGAGCAACCUCCCUAUAAGACAAAAGCCAUAUCUUUUUGGCCGUGAACAUUGCCUUGCUGGGUUGUGUGCCUGCACCCAGAUCUAUGAAGAGAUCUGGAGUUGAAAUCUACAUGUCCUAAGAAUGGGUAGGGACUUGGUGGGAUGUGGCUCUUGCUUGCCUCAGAGGAAAGAGUGAGUGGUGGUAAACUAACAAUAUUAUUGAGUCCCUUAAUGUGUCAAACACAGCACUAGAUGCUUUCUGUCAUAAUAACUAUAGCCACUGACUGUUGAGUGCUUCUGGGUGCUAGUACUUGUGCCAAGCACUUGCUGUAUCUUACUUAAUUGUCACAACAAUCCCAAGAGGCACAUGUGAUUAUUAUCUCCAUUUUUUUCAUAUGGUUCACAUGGUUUUCAUGGUUGAGGUCCCAGCAUUGAUUGUCAUGGUUCAAACUUUCAUUUGCCUUCCUGCAUGUUUGAGCCUGGGCUCAAAAAUAUGGCUGUGAGGCUCAGGAUUAACACUUCCUUUAGGCCACCUGCAGUCACAGGUCACUACACUGCUCUUGGGUCUCUUCUGUUCUUGCUGCCCUUUUCACAGUUCACAUCCUUGUGAUCUCUCACCUCGGCUAUUGUAGAAGCAGCCUCCUUGGUGUCCUGUGUCCGAAUGGGGCUGGCUCACUCUUGCGCACACUGGGACCUCAACGAUGGCAGUGGUCAGGGGAGGGGUUAAACAGGAAGAGGACUGGGGACCCUGACUGGAGGAGAGGCACCCAGUGAGGGCAUCCUGCUGCCCAAAGCACUGUGGCCAAAGGGUUUGGCAAGCUCAUAAGGGCAGGCCACUCUUCUAAACAAGGAAGCCCAGGGUGUCAGUAGGGAAAGCCCUAGGUAACAACUGGGCUUGAUGUCUCGGAUGGGUGGGGAUGAGCUCCUGGAAGGAAAAGGCCAUCGUGGCUGGAGCUCAGAGAAUGGUGGGAGUGGAAGUGUAUAUGAGAUGAGGCUGGAGGUCGGGUGUGGCACCUUCAGCAUGUUAAGUAUUUGGGGACUUUAUCCUUAAUACCUUGGGAGCCAGUGAUCCUAGGGAGGGCAGUAAGAUCUGACUUGAUUAUUUCAAAGAUCACUUGACUACAGAGAAACUGAAGUUAAUGAGCCCAACUAGGAGACUGCUGCAGUUGAGGGGUAGAGCCUAAAGCGGUUUGAUCUAUAGCAGUGGCAGUGGGGAUGGAAAGAAAUUUAGAGACAGGCAGAGAAGAGGCCCUGCAAAGCCAUGGAGUUGGGGGAGUGGCCUAAUCUGGAAUAUGCAAUUUCUAGACAUUGUCAUUGCAAUAUUAUACCAACACAUAAAAUUUGAUAAUCCUUUUCCAGUUAAUGAUAUAUAACCACUUUCUACAUUGCUAGUCUUCAUACUAUUGUUUUUAAGACUGACUACCUUAAUAACUGUCAUUUUUCCAAAAUAGGGGUAAUUAAUUGAUCCCUAUUUGGAGUUGUGUCAAAACCUUUGUAAAUUAUAGUUUCCUCAGUCUCACCUGCCACACACACACACAAACGCACAUGCACACGCUAUAUUUUGGAGGUUAUUUCUUUAGGGAUGGAUUCCCAGGAGUCGGAUUACUGGGAACCUAGGAAUUUUUUGUAAAGGUCUUGUUAUAUUGCUAAAUUGCUUUCCAAAAGGUUUGUUCUAAAUUAUAAUCUCACCAGCAAUGUAGGAGAGGACCAUUUUCAUGCUACCCUUGCCAGACAUGGGUAUGGUAAUAUUUUUAAAAAUGGUAUUUGGUAAGGUGAAAAUAAUACUUUAUAAUUUUAAUUUUAAAGUUAAUACUUUCAUUUUAAUUAGCCCAUUCCCCCAUUACUAGCAAGCUUAAACAUUUUUUUUUUCAUGUUCAUUUCCUAGGCUUAUUUCCUCAUUUGUUACUUGGUCCCUUUCCCCAUUUAUUACUGAGGGGGAAGGUCUUUUUGGUGUAUCAGUUAUUUUUAUUUUAAGUAUAACCAUUUGCCAUAUUUUUAAAAACUUUUCCAUUUAAAAAAUUGAUUUACAAACAUAAAAUCUUUAUAUAGAUAAGUCUGUUGACUUUUUGUGAUUUUUAUUGCUUCUAAACUUCGUAAUAUAUAGUCUUCUCAGAUGUUAGAUGCUCACUAUGAUUUUCUUGUAUUCAUUAUCUGGUUUUAUGUUUAACUCUGAUCCACUCUGCCUUUAAUUUGUGAGAGGGUAUGAAGUGAGAUAACUAAAUUGCUUAUUUUCAGAUUGCUAACCAGUUAUCACAAUAUAUUGAAUUCCUUCCUACUGUCAGGGUACGAUGUCUUCUACAUCACAUAUUAAAGUAAUUUUAUAUUUAAAUUAUC